AUGUCUCACGACCACUCCAGCAUGAGCUCGGGGCAGGGUUCCGUGUCUACAGGUAGCGGCGUGCCCACGAACUUUGAGAUACAGGAGUUACUUUACUCGGCGAGACGCAGACUUCCCUUGCCCGCGAAGCCAAAGUCACUCCUACUCAGGUUCAAUGCCACCAUCACUGCCAUAACGCGCGAGUUCGCCAAUGCCUCUUUUGCGCCGCUCUCAAUUCGACGGCGCACAAUACCAGUGCCAGGGGUAGGGAGGACAACCCUGGUGUUGGCAAACCUGGUCCUCCUGAUCGUCUUAUGCUUCUAUGGGCUUGAUACCAAAGACCGAUGGUCAUACGAAGAUAUAGGGUAUCGGACGGGAUUUGUCUGCAUAGCACAGCUCCCUCUGAUAUUCUUGCUGGCCGGGAAGAAGAACAUCAUCGGUUGGCUGACCGGAACGAGCUAUGAGCGACUCAACUGGCUACAUCGCUGGACGUCUCGCUGUCUCUUGCUGACCGCUACUAUACACGGGGGUUACUGGAUCGCGGCCUGGGCGCCGUACGGGGACUUCGCCCUGAAGAAGAUCCGAACGGACCAUCUUACACAGACAGGUGUCAUCACAUGGGCUAUCCUCGUGUGGAUCGUGUUCAGUUCCUCGCUGCCGAUCCGCGGCUGGAACUACGAGUUCUUCGUGCUGCAGCACCUCGCCUCCUUCGUCGUAUUCAUGUACUUCGUCUACUCCCACACACCCGCAGAAGUGCACAUCUGGAUCUGGAUACCCGUCGGCAUCUUUGUUUUCGACCGCCUUGUCCGGGCUCUGUACGUCAUCUAUACCAACCUCUCCAUAUUCCACCCGAAGCAGCGCAAGCAGGGACAAAUCUCAGGCCUCUGGGCCUGCAAAGCCGACUUCGCGCCCCUACCGCACGACACCACGCGCAUCUCCAUCGCCAAUCCGCCCAUCAGCUGGUCCGCCGGCCAGCACGUCUUCCUCUCCUGCCAUUCCGUCGUACCGCUGCAGAGCCACCCCUUUACAAUCGCCUCCAUACCCUCGGACGGGAAGAUGGAGUUCAUAGUCAAAGCAGGCAAAGGCGGCACCCGCCGCAUCUUCAAGCACGCCGAGAAGAACCACAUCCUCCCCACCGCUGCGUCCCAGGUUGUUCUCCGCGCCAAAACCGUCGCAAUCGAAGGACCCUACGGCCGCAUCCGCCCGCUCGAACAGUUCGACAGCGUCGUCCUCUUCGCUGGCAGUAGCGGCGCGAGCUUCACGGUCCCCCUGUUCCGUGACCUUGUCAGGAGAUGGUGCACCGCCGUGGCGGUCACCCGCCGCAUCCGCUUCGUCUGGGUCGUCAAGUCAAAGGGCCAGCUCAGCUGGUUUGCGGCGCAGCUGUCCGAGGCAAUGGAGGCGGUGCGGCUCCUGCAGAGCGCCGGGAGGGACGUCGAAAUCAGCAUGAGCAUCUACGUCACGUGCGACGAGUCGUUCGCCGAGGAGCACAAAUCGCUCUUGACGGCGUCUGAGCCGUCUCCGGCGCAAGCGACCCGGGGUCGUGUGGAAGAUUCCGAAGCCGGAGAGCUGGACGAGAAGGGCUCGCUGCGGAAGAAAGACACCGAGCAAGCGCACGAGGUCCGCGAAAUCGAUCCGCGCGCCGAGAGCCAGGCUUCCAAGGCCUGCGGACCCGACGGCACAUGCUGCUGCAUCACGACCAUCGACUCCGAGGACGUCGCCAUCGCCGCCGCCGACUCCAUCUGCACCUGCGACUGCGGAUCCUCCUCCCCAGCUCCAACGGCUCCACAAGCUAAACCAGAAUCCACAGCGUCCUCGUCCUCCACAUCCGCUACCCUAACGUCCUCAUCGAAACCGUUCUUGGACCCCGCCAUCACGGUCCUGAGCGGACGGCCCCAGCCCCGCAACAUCGUCCGCAAGGCCCUCGAGCAGGCGCUCGGCGAGUCGGCCGUCGUGGUCUGUGGACCCCAUGGGCUGGUGGAUGGUGUUAGGAGGAGCGUGGUUGCGUUGAGCGAUGAGAGGGCUGUGCAUAAGGGGACGGGGGCGCAGGGGAUUUAUUUGCAUUGUGAAGCUUUUGGGCUGUGA